CUGGCACCUUUCGACACAUCAUUUGAAGAGGGACAGCUUUGAGAACUUCGGCGUCCCUCCAUGCAGACCUGGUUUAGUGCGGGAGGCCAGUCAUCCCGAUGACUGGCGCACCUCGAGACAGGGACAUCGCUCUGAGUCGUGACUCCUUGCUGACCAGGCAUCCCAGAACGCAGAGGACCAUUGCUGGUUUGGUGUCCAUCACACCAGAGCCGCCGAUGCAGCACAGGAUGUCGCCCUCACCACCGCAGCAAUCACCAGCUCCGACCGCACAAGCGGCGCGCCUGGCGAUGGCUGCCUCAGCUCCAGAGGAGGUCUCUAUGGCAGGUAGUCCGUCCAUUGAACUCGCCUGGCGAGUCGUUCAAGCUGCAGAAGCCAGAAAGGCGCUCCUGGAUGCUCGCUCCCUUUCCCUGAGGGUUCGGAGGACAGUUCCGACGCCCGGGAAUCUGAAUACGACCUUUCCGCAGAAGGCGAUGUCCCCGCACUACAGGGAUUCUCUCGAUAGAGCAGAGUCAGGUACGAUGAGACCACCAUUGCCAUCGUAUGGGGGACCCUUGACUCCGGCACGGCGGCAUCAUCCUUGUCCAGGCUUUCCACUCCUACAGGUCUCCAGCUGGCUGCGGGAGGACUCUGCGCCGCCCGACAUGCUGCGCUCCUGCGACCAGGGAGAUGCCAGUCCCUUCAGUACAGCCUUGUUGGAACGAAGCAGUGGACUGCGGAAGCGGCGGCCGAAACAUCCGCAACGCGUGGUGAUUCCUCAGCCUCAGAAUGAGGAGGAGGAUGGCGACUUCUCCGUCUCGGGGGUCCGGCUUGGGACACGAAGAGGAAUCUCCGCCGACUUCCAUGUGAAAGCGAAGAAGGCCUUUGGCGCACCUGCCUGGCCUCAUGGUGAUCCGGCCGCUCUGGCAGAGGCCCUCACGAUUGCUCUGGGACAGCUGCAGAAGAGCUCUUGGAAUGAGGCGCCGGACGAAGUUCCUGAGGCAGAAUGCCUGCAGACACCGGAGAUCGAGGAGGCCGAGGACGCCUCCGGCCGGCCUGAGGUCUCCCAGGUUCGCAUCCAGGAGGACUUCGAAGGCUCGCUGGACGAUGAUUCGCCUUCAGCGACCUGGCCCCCGGGACCCAAACCGAGACGAGUCCGGGCAGUGGUUCCCACAAAGGCAUUGAUUCUAAGAAGCAAGUCAUUGCCUGGUGAGAAGGCUGAGAAAGAGAAGGUUGCAGAGAAGCGCUUGGCAGGUGAGGAAGAUCGCCAGGCUUCGUAUGACAAGACUCCAGAGAAAGCACCUGAAAGAACGGACAAGGUGAAACGGCCUGGCAAGCCUCUCACCUUGAAGUCAGCAGCAGGUGCUGCAGCCACUGCUGCGAAGACCCGGAAGAAGGCGAAGAAGAUGGUUUUGCCAUUCUCCUACCCCUUGGAUGAUGCCCGCCAUUGGCAUGUCGAGAGCACGGAAGGGCGCGUCUGUUCCGAAUUCUUGCCUGAGAACCGGAUGCUAUGAUGGUUGGUGAGAUGCGUUCUCCAAAGAAGGUGAGAGCAUCCCCAGAAGACUACUCUAUUCAGAAAAAGGACGCUCACAGGAAAAAAGGACACAGCGCUGCGCUGCUGCGCUGAUAAUGCACAGCUGGAUGAAGGUGGACCCAGGGAUACGACCUUAGGGUUCAGUCAGCUUCAUGAUGCCCAACAUCAGUUUUCGAGGCAGUUCAACUGUUUGAGAGAGUGCUAACUCGCGCCACC